UUGAAAUGUCUCCUACCGGAAGCACUUACUGGGCGGAGCCACCGGUUUUCACUUCCUUGUUGCACAUAGCUAACAGUGCUAACAGUGCUGCACAAUGAAAAUACUCACUUUGUUGAGCUUUUUUUCCACAUACUUUUUAGCGAACAGCAUUAACAUCGAAGAUACCGCAGGGCAGUUAUUCGCCAGUGGUCAUACUAACAACUGGGCUGUUCUGGUGUGUACAUCCAGAUUCUGGUUCAACUACCGUCAUGUGGCCAAUACUCUGUCCGUCUACAGAAGUGUUAAGAGGCUGGGCAUUCCUGACAGCCACAUAGUUCUCAUGCUGGCUGAUGACAUGGCUUGUAACCACAGAAACCCCAAACCUGCCACAGUGUUUAGCCACAAGAACAUGGAGCUGAAUGUGUACGGUGAUGAUGUGGAGGUGGACUACAGAGGAUACGAGGUGACAGUGGAGAACUUCCUGCGUGUUUUGACUGGAAGGCUGCCGCCCAGCACUCCACGCUCAAAACGCCUCCUCUCUGAUGACCGGAGCAACAUCCUCAUAUACCUCACAGGCCAUGGCGGGAAUGGCUUUCUGAAGUUUCAGGACUCUGAGGAGAUUAGUAACGUGGAAUUGGCCGAUGCUUUUGAGCAGAUGUGGCAGAAAAGAAGGUACAAUGAGCUGCUCUUCAUAAUUGACACCUGUCAGGGUGCCUCCAUGUAUGAGAGGUUCUACUCUCCAAACCUCAUGGCUUUGGCCAGCAGUCAAGUUGGAGAGGACUCCCUGUCGCACCAGCCAGAUUUGGCCAUAGGCGUCCAUUUGAUGGACCGUUACACCUUCUAUCUGCUGGAGUUCCUGGAGGACAUCCACCCUGCAAGCAAAGCCAACAUGAAUGACCUGUUCAAAGUAUGUCCCAAGAGUCAGUGUGUGUCCACUCCGGGGCACCGUACUGACCUUUUUCUGAGGGACCCAGGAAGUGUCCUCAUCACAGAUUUCUUUGGUAGCGUCCGCAAAGUCGAGAUCACCAUGGAAACCAUCAACUUGACCGACCCCAUCAAGCUGGUGGAGCAGAAUGCUGUGAAUGGAGAGCUGCAAAAAGAGAAGUACUCGUAUGUGGACCAGCUGCCAGUGUCUGAGAUCAUCCAUCAGAAACCAAAGCAGAAAGACUGGCAUCCUCCUGAUGGCUUCAUCCUGGGCCUUUGGACUCUAAUCCUCCUGGUGUUUUUCAAGACGUACGGUAUGAAGCACCUCAAACACAUCUUCUGAGGCCUCAACGUUUAUGCCACUGGAUAUCUGAAGACACGAAGCAGCAGAUUAGGAGCUUUUACUGACGGGAUAUUAGAGGAAAGGUACAGUUUGUGACUGAGGCUUAUUUUCCUGAAAAUGGAAAGGAGAUAUAUGGCACCACAACUGCUUGGCAAGAAACUAUGUGAUGCAAUUGGUGCCCUUUUUUUUCUUUCUUUUGGAUGAUUGCUCUCUACUGAUGAAAUGUAAACAUUUGUGUCAUAUUCCAGAUGUGACAAGGGACAAAUACUUGAAAGUUAUGCAUCAGAUUUGCGAAGCCCCAACUCUGCAUGGGUGUGCCACUAGCAGUAUGUCCAUUUUUAACAGUUUUAUGUGUUUUUUUUGACAAGGACUUCAACUUAUAUAUGUUUUUGUUUGUGUCAAAGUCAUUCCAUAAUUGCGUUGCUUUGGUUAAAAAUGCACUGAAUUGAGUACGCAGAUAAGAAUUUAAUUUAUUUUCGAGAGCGCGCUACUCUGCAUAUUUCAGCAGCAGCCUUUUUAUUUAUUUAUUUUUUUAAGUACUACUCAGAACGUCUGCAUGGUCAGAAAGGGAAAAUGUGGGACGAGGGCAGGCUGAUUGGCUGUGAGUGGGCUGUGGAGAGAUUACUAUUUAAUGUCUCCCCUGUCCAUAUACAUUACACCCCUUGACCAUCAUAUCACGCCUGUGAAGGAUAACAAUCGCACAUAAUCCCAUCUUGCAUGAUGGACCCAUCCACUUUCCCAUUCACCAAAUUGCCCUCCCAGUGGAAACAUCCAUUAGCUCCCCAGCCGUGUACUCUGCUGAUUGUAUUCUGGAUGAUGGACAGCUAUUUCCCCAGCCAUUCCACGUCUCGCACUACAGCAGUGAUAAGUGAGUGAUAACCUAGUAAGCCGACGGCCGUCCCAAAUGAAUCUCCUCUGUGCCGGGACGUGUUUUCCUCCUUUUUUCUCUUCCUUUCUCUCCAUAUGUAACCACUCUGCAUUAGGCUCAUUUUUUGGGGGGGGAGUGACUGAUGCUCAAAGCAUAUGGAUGGAACCUGCGGUAGUUUAUCUUUGCUCCUUGGCGCAAGGACCCGCCCAUCGGGUGCCCGCUGCCACUCUCCCUCGCGGCUGAAGUGGAAAAUAGAUGGAGUUGGAAACUGAGCCAUAUGUAUUGGAAGGCAGCUGCUGCGUCAGCCACCAAGUACCUUUUCUUAUACAUUAUUUAUGCAACGCUUAUUUCUUCCUUUUUUUUCUCCCCGUUUUUUAUUUCCCAUAAUCUCAUUCCCCUUUCAGAGAGAGCAAACUCAUUUUAUUUCCUAAAUUGGUAGGAUUUUAAUACUCUGAUUAAAGAUGAAACACUGAAUAAAAGGAAUGUAUUUGCGUCUUUAA